AAGGCCAAACGCUCCCGUCGUCAGCAAUAUCAAAACAAAGCCCGUCCAAGUGCCGGCUUCGCGGUCUAUCAUUCACCGCAUAACACUCUUUGGCGAAUCAUGGCUGUAGGGAAGAACAAGCGCUUGUCUAAGGGCAAGAAGGGUAUCAAGAAAAAGGUUGUUGACCCUUUCUCUCGCAAGGAAUGGUACGACAUCAAGGCGCCAUCUAUCUUUGAGGUCAAGAACGUGGGCAAGACCCUCGUCAACCGCUCUUCAGGCUUGAAGAACGCUAGCGAUUCGCUCAAGGGGCGUAUUGUGGAGUUCUCUUUGGGUGACCUGAACAAGGAUGAGGAGCAAUCCUUCCGCAAGGUCAAGCUCCGAAUCGAUGAGGUUCAGGGUCGGAAUUGCUUGACCAACUUCCACGGCAUGUCCUUCACCUCCGACAAACUUCGAUCCCUGGUCCGCAAAUGGCAAACUCUUAUCGAAGCACAUGUCGAUGUGAAGACUACCGACGGUUAUCUCCUCCGCCUUUUCGCCAUUGGUUUCACCAAGCGCCGUCAGUCGCAAGUAAGGAAGACGACUUACGCACAGACGAGUCAGGUGCGGGAAAUCCGGAAGAAGAUGUUUGAGAUCAUGACCCGGGAGGCGACGAGCUGUGACCUGAAGGAGCUGGUUCAAAAGUUUGUACCGGAGGCGAUUGGGCGGGAGAUCGAGAAGGCAGCGCGGAGCAUCUAUCCCCUUCAGAAUGUCUACGUUCACAAGGCGAAGAUUUUGAAAGCGCCCAAGUUCGAUGUCUCAAAACUGCUCGAGCUCCACGGCGAGUCAACAGAUGAGACGGGUACGCGGGUUGUGAAGGACUUCAAAGAGCCAGAGGUCUUGGAGUCUGUUUAAAAGCUUUGUUUUUCUAUUCACGUCUGUAUCGUCAUGCUUUCUUCUCCUAUACUGCGCGGGUAUCAAUCUAUGAGCAUCAUGAUAUUCUAAGCCGCAAAAUAAAUUUGUGUCCAUGAGCGACCACCGCCCAUUUUCUUUU